AUGGCUAUCGAACCUCUCUCAAUAUCCCCCACCGCCUUCGCUGAAGCAAUCACCGAACUCCCCAUCUCAGCACUGUACAACAAAGUCUUUGAACUCCGAAACUCGAUUGCGCAUCUCCACCGCUCGAAUUCUGAACUCCGGCUCUUUGUGCUCGAGUCGACGGAGUCUGAGCAGGAUAAGAAAGAGUUGGGGGAAUAUAUCACUGAGAAUGAGGGUGUUAUUGUCUCUAUGAAUGAACGGGUCGCAUUGUUGAGAACUGAGGUUGAGAGGAGGGGCCAGGAAUGGAUUGAGGAGAAGGUGAAGGUGGAUCAGGAUCAGGAUGCUGAUGGAGAACAGCCCCGGGGGGAUUCUACCCAGGAUACACAAGAGGACGGAGUUUAUCUUUGA